UUGAAUAAAUUACAGGCACUCUGUUCGACAGUCAUUUUUUGGUUCCGAUCAUAGAAACAUUUUACUGGCUUUAUUAAAAUGUUGAUGUUGCGUUUAAUAAAAAGAAAUAUGAUAUGUAAGAAUUUUUUGCGUUAUUAUCAUGUCGGGAGUGUUGAGACACCAGAUAAGGAUAUUCCAAUUCUUUAUGGUGAUGAAAUAUCUCCGCCAGUAAGGUUUGUUACGAUGACAGCCUCUUUUUUAGGAAUCGAUUUAGAUUUUCGCAAAAUCGAUUUAUUCAAAAAUGAAAAUAGAACCGAAUCUUUUAAGAAGAUAAAUCCCCUACAAAAAGUACCAGCAAUGGUGCUUGGAGAUGUUACGAUAUGCGAUAGCCAUGCUAUUGCUGUUUAUCUUUGCCAAUAUGGCAACGGUAGUAGUAUCUACCCAGAGGAACCACUUCUCAGAGCUAAAAUAAAUGAAAUAUUAUUUUUUAAUUCUAGUACAUUAUUUCGGCUUGAUAGUGAAAUAUUGUCGGGGUAUUUUUCUCAACAAUGGCCCGUAAAUUACAAGAAAGUGGAAGAAUGGCUAAUGGCACUAGACUACUUAGAAUAUAAAUUAGAUAGGAAUAAUUGGUUGACCGGUAAUAAGAUGCAACUGUGUGAUAUUUGUGCUUUACCUGUGGUCUCGUCAAUGUCACAAAUAAUACCACUAACGGAAAGACAUCCAAAAGUAGGACAAUGGAUAAGAAAAUUCGAAGAUUAUCCAUUUUGUGAAAUAAAUAAAAGAGGUCUGGCUGCUUUAAGGAAUUGCAUUGAUAUAAUUAAGACUGUGAGUGUGAAUAGUUAA